UCAUCGGUGCCUUCCGCUUUUGUGCUCAACUCCUCGGCCAGUCGCUAGCCCAUCCGCUUUCAAGAUAUCUAGUCGCUCAGAAAUUACAAAACCCAGAAGGGCGCGCGCGCGCGCUAGAGAGAGGUAGAAACUCGAAAACUGCAAUUAGAGAAGGUGUAAAAAGAUCUAAUAAUAGAAUCAUUUUAGGUUUUCAUAUUCGGAGAGAUCAUACACUGUCCUCUCCUGAUUUGAAUCUCCAAUGGCGCUUCGAAGAUCAUGCAUUCUCUUUCUAUUAUGCGCUCUGUCGUAUGCCCUAACCGCCAUUGCAGGGAAGAGCUAUUAUGAUAUAUUGCAAGUGCCAAAGAGCGCAUCGGACGAACAGAUCAAGAGGGCCUACAGAAAGCUGGCAUUGAAGUACCAUCCUGAUAAGAAUCCGGGAAAUGAAGAGGCUAAUAAGCGAUUUGCUGAGAUUAACAAUGCGUAUGAGGUGUUAUCGGAUCAACAAAAGAGGGAUAUCUACGAUAAGUAUGGAGAAGAAGGGCUUAAGCAGCACAUGGCUAAUGGAGGGAGAGGUGGAGGAAUGGGGAUGGAUAUUAACGACAUCUUCAAAAGUUUCUUUGGUGGAGGAGGCGACAUGGAAGAAGAAGAGAGAAUCGUGAAGGGUGAUGAUGUAGUUGUUGAAUUGGAUGCGACACUAGAAGACUUGUACAUGGGUGGCUCACUGAAGGUCUGGAGGGAAAAAAAUGUUAUAAAGCCAGCACCUGGAAAAAGACGCUGUAACUGCAGAAAUCAAGUAUAUCAUAAGCAAAUUGGUCCAGGGAUGUUUCAACAAAUGACGGAGCAGGUCUGUGAUCAAUGCCAAAAUGUCAAAUAUGAACGGGAGGGAUAUUUUGUUACAGUUGAUAUUGAGAAAGGAAUGCAAGAUGGACAAGAGGUGGUUUUCUAUGAAGAUGGUGAACCAAUAAUAGAUGGGGAGCCUGGAGAUUUGAAGUUCCGUAUUCGUACAGCACCCCAUGAUCGCUUCAGAAGAGAAGGCAAUGACUUGCACACAGUUGUGACCAUCACGCUGGUGCAAGCGCUUGUUGGUUUUGAGAAGACCCUUAAACACCUCGAUGAACAUUUAGUGGACAUUAGCACAAAGGGAAUCACAGAGCCCAAGUCAGUAAGGAAGUUCAAAGGGGAAGGGAUGCCACUGCAUUUCAGCACGAAAAAAGGUGAUCUCUAUGUCACUUUUGAGGUUCUUUUCCCCACUUCACUGACUGAAGACCGAAAGAGGAAGAUCAAGGAAAUUCUUGGUUAGGGUGUAGGAUCAAAUUCUUUUGUUGGGUUCCAAACUGUUCUCCAGUGUAACAUGAGAUUAUUAUAUAGAAGUUCAGGAAGACGAGAGACUUUUGUUUUCUUUGUUAAGUAGAAGCAUACGCAUUAAUGGAACUCCAUUUUGCCUAGCUGAGCGAAAGUUUUCCUUGUUUUCAAGGUGGCAUGUUAUGUAGAGUACAAUAGAAAUUGAAAUCAACAAGGAAUUGCUUUUGAUUA